AAUCUCCAUAGCUAUUCAGGUGCAUGCAUAUCAUAGCCACAUAUCCCAUCUUAAAAAUCACCCCAGGCCAUCAUCAUCAUCAAACAACAAUCUUAAUUUUUCCCAGACUAUAGCUACCAAGCUAGAAUUAAGGAAUCCCAGAAAAAAAAAAAAACAUGAGAAGUGAAGGGAUUAUGGUCUUAUUAACAACUACAGUUAUAAUGAUGUAUUUCUGCUGGAUGAUGAGCCCCAAGGAGCUAAUGUUAAUGAAUCUCCAGUCCCAUAAACUGAUUCACCAGAAACAAUUAUUUGUGCUUGCAGGGCAGAGCAACAUGCUGGGGCUAGGAGGAGUAAACAAGACAGCAAUUUUUAAUGGGGCGAAAAUCAAAGUCUGGAACGGCGUAGUGCCGCCGGAGAGCCGCGAAAAUCCGGCGGUUUUCCGGCUAAACGAGCACUGGGAAUGGGAAUUGGCGCAUGAGCCCCUCCACUAUGGAAUCAACUGCAAGAUAACGUGUGGGGUUGGGAUGGGAAUGGCAUUCGCAAAUAAGCUGUUGCAAAUGGAUCCGAAUUUUGGGGUCAUCGGAUUAGUGCCCAGCGCCGCCGGCGGGACCUCUGUCCGGAAUUGGUCCGGCGACUACGCCGAUACUCCCUACAGAGUUUUACUGGAACGGACGAGAUCUGCAGUUAAGAAAGGGGGAGCCCUUAGGGCAAUUAUAUGGUAUCAAGGCGAAGCUGAUACGAUCCAUCCUUAUAAUGCAAAGCAUUACAAGACUGGACUUGAAAAAUUUAUUCAUAGAUUACGCAAUGAUUUGCAUUUUCCUAGCCUUCCCUUCUUUCAGAUAAUUCUUCCACGAGUAAGGAAACCAUUUAGAGGGACAUUAGUAGACAAGGUGAAAAGGGCUCAACGCGACAUUAAUCUCCCCAACGUAAUCAAGAUCGAUACGGAUGGAUUGCCACUUUCAUCGGACGGCGUUCACCUAACUACGGAGGGCUACAUUCGACUAGGGUUUACGCUGGCCAACGCAUACCUAGAAACCAACUCCAAAUUAUUACAAAACAAAAAUGUCGUUUCAAUGUACAACACUUCCGAUUUUAAUAUAGCGUAGUAUUGUUUGUAUGGCUUCCAUGAGUGUCAAUUUUAUUCACCUUUCAUUAGUUUAGAUGGCAUGCAUGCAUGCAACAUAUAUCACGAAAAUAUAUACUUAAUGUUUUCUCUGUUUUGGACUUAUAUAGUUUAUUGUAAUGAAAAACAUGUUUCAUUAA